AUGGCGUGCCGCGUCGUCCACCCACAACCGUCGAUGAUCCUUCAGUCGACUCAACAGUCAUCUUCGGUUUCCCGCGUUAACCCACCACAAGGUUCCUCGCUCAUUUCCUCAUCCCGCACUGACUCUCUCAACAGCAGCGGCGCUUCUCCUUGCGCUAUUGUCACACGCGGCUACAGUCACAGAGCCGUUACACCCACCUACGGUAGCAGAUCCCAUGUAUCCAGCAGCCUAACCCGCGCUCCUCCAAACCCUAGUCCGUCCCUUCACAGCCCCUCCCACCUUCCGAAUUCCUGCAGACCGUUCUCCUCAUCGCGACCCGCAUCCUCGUUGUUGUCGUCCUCGUUAUCGACAUCCGUGUCGCCUUUGUUCGCUCCUCGCCGUGUACCGCCGCCGAUACGAGUCCGUCAGGUCGCGAGAGCCAGCCAUUCACAAGGCACCCCGUCGGAGGGAGAGCAUGCAAUACCUGACGGACAUCACACACCCUCCGAAGCAGCACCCUCCGAAGCAGCACCCUCCAAAUUAACAUCCGAAGCACAGCAAAGCGCUGUGAAAGCGGCAAACGAACCAGCAGCCGAGGCACUUUCGGAGGAUUCUAGCUCCGCUGCUGCCGAAGCUGCCUCUGGAGAUGCUUCCGAAGCUAAGGAAGAGGUUCGGAAGACGGUUUUGGCGGUGAGGAGGCGCCGAGCCGGGGGUUUAGGUUUGGCAGGGUUUGGAUCGGGCGGCGAUGGCAUUGUGUGGAGCGACCUUCUAACGGUGCCUGGCGUAGGGCCGCGAAACCUGGCGAAGCUUAAAGCGAGGGGGUUUCGCGAAGUCGCGAAUCUGACUCAGCUGUACAGAGAUAAGUUCGCCUUCCAGGAAGCUGCCAAGGGUCGAAGCGCGAUGCAGGAGUAUCUGCAGAGCCACGUGGGCAUCAUCCGCAGGGACCACGCCGCGCGAAUCACGGACUUCGUCUGCCUGCGCGUCGCGCAGGAGGAGGGGGGCGGAGCGGGCGCAGACGACGCGGGGGGGGACGGGGAAGGCGCGGGGGAGGGCGCGGGGGAAGCCGGCGCGGGGGAGGCGGAGGGAGGCGCGGGGAAGGGGCGGAGCGCGGGGAGACACAAAAACAGGCUCACGUUUUGCGUGGAGGGGAAUAUAAGCGUGGGGAAAACGACGUUCUUAGAACGAAUAGUAGGCGACGCAGUAAAGCUUCAUGACUUAGUGGAAGUGGUGCCUGAGCCGGUGGCGAGGUGGCAGAGCGUGGGGCAGGAGAAGUUCAACAUUCUCGAGGCGUUUUACGAGGAGCCGGAGCGGUACGCUUAUACGUUCCAGAACUACGUGUUUGUAACGCGGAUGAUGCAGGAGCGCGAGAGCGCGGGGCGCGUGCGGCCGAUCCGGCUGAUGGAGCGAUCGGUGUUCAGCGAUAGGAUGGUAUUCGUGCGGGCAGUGCAUGAGGCCAAGUGGAUGAGUGCCAUGGAGGUGAGCAUAUACGACUCGUGGUUCGACCCCGUGGUGGCAGCGCUACCCGGACUCGUCCCAGACGGAUUCAUCUACCUGCGCGCGCACCCCCUCACUUGCCACCAACGCCUCAAGCAGCGCGCACGAGGCGAGGAGGCGGGGGUUUCCCUGGACUACCUGACUGACCUGCAUAACAAGCACGAGCAGGAGGGAGGGGGACCGAGGUUUUCUGUUGUGCAGCCGGAUUGGUUGAAGGAAAGGGGAGGAGGAGGGGGAGGAGGAGGCGGGGGAAGAGGGGAGGAGGAUGAUACACCGGAGAUCAUCAAGGGGAGGGUGUUUGCUCUGGAGGGCGAGCAUCUGCACUCAAGCAUCCAGCAGGUGCCAGCAUUGGUGUUGGACUGUGAUGCGCAGAUCGACCUCAUUCGUGAUGAAGAUGCAAAAGAAAUGUACACGAAGCAGGUGCAGGCCCUCUUUGACUUGGUGCAGCAGGCAAUCCCUGCCAUGUGA